AAAAAACAUCAGUAUUAUCUGGUACUGAAAUAAUCAUAUUUAUGUGUCGGUAUUAAAUCGUGUAUGGGUAAAAAAUUAAUCAUCGAAAACGUAACUUUUUCAAACCUCAUAGUGUUUUUUAGUUUACAACUAUAAGAAUUCUACGACUAAAAAAAAAAUGAAGUUCUUUUGGUCGUUAUUAUUACUCGUAUCAUCAUUCUUGAAUGUGUAUCAUGCCAGAAAACUUCCUAAUCCGCAAAAUGGUUCGAGGAUGCCCUUGGCUCAGGAAAAAUUGACUACAGCUAUGGCAGACUUAAAAUUACAACAAGGAAUAGGAAACCCAAAAAUACACCUCACGCAAAGCAAUAACUCGCCUUAUUACGGUUCGAUUUCAAUCGGAAGCCCACCUCAAGAGUUCAGAGUGGUUUUUGACACAGUUUCAACCAAGUUAUGGAUACCCUCAAUUGUUUGCAAUACCUCGACCGCUAAUUCCAACAUGUUUCAUAAUUAUUAUAACCACGGCAUUUCAAAAACAUACGACGGUAGCUCGAAAAAUGUUAUUGAAAAUGAUGAUAAAAGUGGAUGGGAAACUGGAUAUACGUCAACUGAUACAGUUAACGUAGCAGAUCUUACAUUUAAAAAUCAACAAUUUAUCGAAGCUACACAAGUAACUCAGGAUUUCAGAGACAAGCCAUUCGAUGGUUUAUUUGGAUUAAAACCACCCAUUGACUCCGAAAUUUAUGAGCACAGCAUCCUACAUCGGCUUUGUAAUGCAACAACACCACAAGGAAAUGGAGACGUUAAAUUUUCGUUUUACUUCAAGAAAGUAACAGAAGACACCAAUGAAGGUGAAUUGACAUUAUGUGGAGAAGACAAUACCAAGUAUCGAGGUGAAAUAAAAUAUGUCAAAGCGAUAAGUUUUCAACUAAUCAAAGACUGGAUGAUUCACAUUCAAAAGGCGUCUUUGAAUUCUCGCGACGGGAACAACACAGCAUUAAAUCCAUCCGUUAAACAAGCCGCUUUUGUCGACACAGGCAAUCCUUUCAUUUUGGGACCAAAGGAAUGCAUCGAUGAAAUUUACAACGCUAUAAAAGCUUCUUCACCGGGAAUAAAUGUUGAAAGAAAACAGGUUGAUUGCGGAACCAUUGAUAAACUGCCCGAAGUGACCUUCAAAAUUGGAGACCAAGAUUACACACUAACAGGAAAUGAUUACAUCAUCAAGAGUAAAGAAAAUAACGAAGUUGUAUGCACCGUUGGAUUUGGAGAAUCACCAAGAUCACUUGGUGAAAAAAACGUGUUGUGGUAUUUAGGAAACGUUUUCCAAAGGAAAUUUUACACUGUGUUUGACGUGAAAGAAGGCAGAAUUGGAUUUGCUGAAAGUAUUCAAAACUGAGUUCACUCCGGUGAUUAUUCAUAAUAGACCCUUGAAACAUUGAUCAUGGUAGAAACAGUAGAGAUUCGAGUCAUGUAAAUAUAACAUCGUUUUGUGAAAACCUUUUGAAUGUUUUUUGUGUGAAAAUAAAAAAAUAUAGUUACUAUCGAUUAUA